AUGGAUCUGAAAAGAAAAGCUAUGGAAGAUGAAUUGGCCAUUGUUCCGGUAAAGAAGACUAAAACUGAUAUUGUUGGCUUUGGCACACAAGUUAACAACGCCAUCGAACUCUUGGGCGGAAUCAAGCGGACCUCAAAACUCCAUGCCCCGAUCAUGUUACUGACGGGACACGAAAGUGAAAUUUACUGUUGCAAAUUUUCUCCUAGUGGGAAGUUCUUGGUUUCAGCUGGCACAGAUAGGAUGAUUUUGUUAUGGAAUGUGUACGGAACCUGCGACAACAUAGCAACUCUGAAAGAGCACAGCAAUGCAAUUAUGGAUUUGCAUUUUACUACCGACGGAUGCCAGAUGCUUACAUGUUCAGCGGACAAGACUUUAACUUUGUGGGAUGCGGAGUGUGCCACGAGAAUCAGGAAGUUUAAAGGACACCAGACGUUCGUGAAUGCUUGCGAUGUGUCGAGGAGAUUUCCAAAGUAUUUGUGCAGUGGUAGCGAUGAUGGCACUGUUAGGAUCUGGGACUCAAGGCUCAAGAAGUCGAUCCUAACUUUCCAGAACACCUUCCAAAUCAUGUCGGGUCACAUGGACACGGUUACGGGAAUGAGGCUGAGCCCUGAUGGGUCCUAUUUGCUCUCCACUGCUAUGGAUAAUACGGUUAGGAUAUGGGAUGUCAGGCCGUAUGCUCCCCAAGAAAGAUGUGUUAAAAUCUUUCAGGGAAACCAGCAUACAUUUGAAAAAAAUUUACUCCGCGUUUCGUGGAGCCCAGAUGGCACUAAGAUAGCAGCGGGAUCAGGGGAUAGGAUGGUCUACAUUUGGGAUACGACGACGAGAAGAAUACUAUACAAGUUUCCUGGACAUGGAGGAUCAGUUAAUGAAGUAGAUUUCCAUCCACUUGAGCCAAUAAUUUGCUCUGGAUCGAGUGACAAGCAGAUUUACUUGGGUGAAAUCGAGUAA